UGCACAUCUUAGUCCUAUCCCUCAAACCCAUUAUCUCCUUCCCCUUAAAGCUCGCCUCUCUCUCUCUCUCUCUCUCUGUCGGUCCGUCUGCUUCACUCGAAGGAAGAAGGAGAAAGGAAAAAAUGGGGAGUAUUGAAUCAGAGAGAACCACCAUAGGUUGGGCAGCCAGAGACCCAUCUGGGAUCCUCUCCCCUUUCCCUUUCAACCUCAGGAACACAGGCCCUGAAGAUUUGUAUGUCAAGGUCCUCUGCUGCGGAAUCUGCCACUCUGAUCUUCACCAGAUCAAGAACGACCUUGGCCAGUCUAACUAUCCCAUGGUCCCUGGGCAUGAAGUGGUAGGUGAGGUGCUGGAGGUGGGAUCCGAUGUGACAGAGUUCAGGGCGGGAGACGUGGUCGGGGUCGGGUUGCUUGUCCAGUGCUGCCGGAAUUGCCACCCCUGCAAGUCGGAUAUGGAGCAGUACUGCAACAAGAAGAUCUGGAACUACAAUGAUGUCUACACUGAUGGAAAGCCGACUCAGGGCGGCUUCGCCGGUGAAGUGGUCGUCGACAAGAAGUUCGUGGUGAAGAUACCGGAAGGGAUGGAUGCUGAGCAGGCCGCCCCCCUCCUGUGCGCCGGAGUGACCAUCUACAGCCCACUGAACCACUUCGGGCUGAAGAAUAGCGGGCUUCGAGGGGGGAUCCUCGGGCUCGGCGGGGUGGGACACAUGGGCGUGAAGAUAGCCAAGGCGAUGGGGCACCACGUGACCGUGAUUAGCUCAUCGAACAAGAAGAGGGAGGAAGCCCUGGAGCACCUAGGAGCAGAUGGAUACUUGAUGAGCUCGGAUGAGGAGCAGAUGAAGGCGGCCGCUGAUUCCCUGGACUAUAUCAUUGACACCGUGCCCGUGUUUCACCCUCUCGAGCCUUACUUGUCUCUGCUGAAGCUCGACGGGAAGUUGAUCUUGCUCGGUGUCAUCAAUACCCCUCUCCAGUUUGUCAGCCCAAUGGUCAUGCUCGGGAGGAAGGUGAUCACGGGAAGCUUCAUCGGGAGCAUGAAGGAGACAAAGGAGAUGCUCGACUUCUGCAAGGAGAAGGGGCUGACAUCCCAGAUCGAAGUCAUCAAAAUGGACUACAUCAACACCGCAUUCGAGAGGCUUGCGAAGAAUGAUGUCCGAUAUAGGUUUGUUGUGGAUGUUGCCGGAAGCAAACUUGAUUGAUCAUAUCAUCAGUAGAAUAUGUAUUAAAAAAGAAGAAGAAGGUGGAAUCAACGUUUCCGGCUCAAUCCUCAAACAAUGUGUUGACAAGGAACUGCGCGUGGCCAUUGUACACUCUUUGUUUUUUGCUUUGUUUUGCCCCAUGGCGAACUGGUUUUGCGGGCUUAUUGUCGCUACCCAUUAUAAUAAUAAAGAUAAAGUGAGUUGAUUUUUAUA